UUUUAACAGACAAAAGCCUCAUACUACCUAAAAAGAAUUCAUACUCAUCAAAUUCACAGUUCUUGAUUACAAACUGAGGUUCUUGAAAUCUAAAAUCCAACAUCCAAAUGGCAUCCUUUACUUCUUCUUCAGUAUUUUCACCAAUAUGCCCCUUUUUUUCUCAACCCAAACUGAACCUUAGUUUCAAAACCACUUGUAGCUCUUCCAAAUCUUCAUUUUUCCAAUAUGGUUUCUCUUUACCAACUACCAAAUUAUCAGGUUCUUCAUUGAAAUCUAAGCUUAUGGGCACCAUCUAUGCUAGAGCUGCUACUGAAAAGACUAUUUAUGAUUUCAGUGUUAAGGAUAUUGAUGGGAAAGAUGUUUCACUUAGCACAUUUAAAGGAAAAGUUCUUCUAAUUGUCAAUGUUGCUUCCAGAUGUGGCUUGACGACAUCAAAUUACACUGAGCUCUCUCAUGUGUAUGACAAGUAUAAAAAUCAAGGGCUUGAGAUUCUUGCUUUUCCAUGUAAUCAGUUUGGGGCUCAAGAGCCAGGAUCAAAUCCAGAGAUUAAACAGUUUGCUUGCACACGGUUUAAAGCUGAAUUCCCAAUUUUUGACAAGGUUGACGUGAAUGGCCCAAACACGGCACCAGUUUAUCAGUUCCUAAAAUCUAGUGCAGGAGGAUUUUUAGGUGAUCUGGUUAAGUGGAACUUUGAGAAGUUUCUUGUGGACAAAAAUGGUAAAGUUGUUGAGAGGUAUCCACCAACAACGUCGCCUUUCCAAAUAGAGAGGGAUAUUCAGAAACUUUUGGCAGCAUAACUUGUCUGGAGAUUGGUUCCUGCUGGCUGCUGUAUGUACAUAUGAGAGAGGAAAAUGAAGCCUUUUAUAUGUUUACAAUUAAAUGUUUCACUCUCAACUUUUACUUAAAAAUGACAUGAAAAUUAGAUAUCUCAAGGUCUCAGAGAAGGAUAUUUGUGCAAUUCAGCUAAAUAUUUACAGUA